CAUGGCUGACAACGUGGCCAAAGGGAUGGAGAAUCUGCAUGUUGAUGGCCCAAAAAAGGCAUGAACCUAAGCUCUUUUUCUUAUAGAUUCUUUUGAACGAAGUAAUGCUAUCACGGUCCAACAUUCUGCGUCUUGGCAAAAGAUUGGGGUGGACGUAUAGCCGAGGAAUUCGCAUGGCCGGUGGCAAGAAAGAUAAGAAAAAGAAGCAGGAGGCGAGUGGUGGUGAUGGACACCCACUUGAGAUGAGCCCUCCACCAGGUUUCCUGGCCGAGAGGAUUGCCCUGUUCGACCGCUUGAAGGCGGAUUACGAUACGUGGGUGGCCGCCCAGGAGCGGAAGCCCAUCAAGGUCACCUUGCCCGAUGGCAAGCAGGUGGAUGGUUUGGCAUGGCAGACAACGCCUUAUGAAGUGGCCAAAGGAAUCAGCCAGGGCCUUGCCGAUAACACUGUGGUUGCUAAAGUGAAUGGUGUGGUGUGGGAUCUUGACCGACCAUUUGAAGGGGACGCUGCCCUGCAGCUAUUGAAAUUCACUGAUGACGAAGGUCAAUAUGUGUUCUGGCACAGCAGUGCUCAUAUCCUCGGAGAAGCUAUGGAGAGGCACUACGGUGGAUGCCUGUGUUAUGGUCCACCAAUAGAAAAUGGAUUCUUCUAUGAUAUGGCUUCAGAAAGACAAGUAUCUUCUAAUGACUUUGGUAAUCUGGAGACCCUUGUCAAAAAUAUAGUCAAGGAAAAGCAGGACUUUGUUAGGCUAGAAAUGAAGAAAGAAGAUCUACUAGAAAUGUUUAAGUAUAACCAAUUCAAACUGAGGAUCUUGAACGAACGAGUGACGACUCCAACCACCACUGUCUAUAGGUGUGGUCCGCUGAUCGAUUUAUGUCGAGGUCCCCAUGUGAGACAUACUGGAAAGAUCAAGGCCCUAGCAGUCACCAAGAACUCAGCCACGUAUUGGGAAGGAAAAUCAGAUGCGGAGUCGUUGCAGAGAAUCUAUGGAAUAUCAUUCCCCGAUACGAAACAGCUGAAGGAAUGGAAACACUUCCAAGAGGAAGCGGCAAAGAGAGACCAUAGGAAAAUCGGCCGGGAACAAGAACUGUACUUCUUCCAUGAGUUAAGUCCUGGAAGCUGUUUCUUCAUGCCAAAAGGAGCUCACAUUUACAACACUCUAAUCGACUUUAUCAAGGGUGAAUAUAGGAAGAGGGGUUUCCAAGAAGUAGUCAGCCCAAAUAUCUACAACAGUAAGCUGUGGCAGACGUCAGGACAUUGGCAACAUUACUCGGAUAACAUGUUCCAGUUUGAUGUAGAAAAAGAAAAGUAUGCCUUGAAGCCAAUGAAUUGCCCUGGCCAUUGUUUGAUCUUCAAUCACCGGAUUCGAUCCUGGAAGGAGCUGCCCAUCCGAAUGGCUGAUUUCGGUGUCCUCCACAGGAAUGAAUUGUCUGGUGCGCUGUCCGGGUUGACUAGAGUACGACGAUUCCAGCAAGAUGAUGCCCAUAUAUUCUGUAUGACUGACCAGAUCAAGCAAGAGAUCAAGGGCUGCCUUGAUUUCCUCCAGUUUGUCUACGGUGUGUUUGGAUUCACCUUCAAGCUGUAUUUAUCCACUAGGCCUGUGAAAUUCCUUGGAGAGAUUGCCACUUGGGAUCAUGCAGAGAAGCAAUUGUCCGAGAGUUUAGACGAGUUUGGUUUGGAGUGGAAGCUUAAUCCGGAAGACGGUGCCUUCUAUGGACCCAAGAUUGACAUCACUAUCAUGGACGCCCUGAAGAGGUCGCAUCAGUGUGCUACGAUUCAGCUCGACUUCCAGCUACCUCAGCGAUUUGAUCUGAAUUACGUCAGUGGAGAAACUGAUGGAGAAAGGAAACGUCCUGUCAUAAUUCACCGAGCCAUCCUAGGAUCUGUCGAACGUAUGAUAGCCAUUCUUUGCGAGAGUUGCGGAGGCAAAUGGCCGUUCUGGUUGUCGCCGAGGCAAGCUAUGGUCAUCCCAGUGGCGACACCAUUUGAUGAAUAUGCACAGAAGGUGAAGGACACGCUCUACCAGGCCGGCUUCCAGUGUGAUGUGGAGUUAGACCCUGGAUUUACCAUGAACAAGAAAAUCAGGAACGCCCAACUCGAUCAGUAUAACUUUAUCUUCGUCGUUGGGGAGAAGGAACUCUCAAACAACACGGUGAACGUUCGUACGAGAGAUAACAAAGUUCAUGGAGAACAUUCGGUUGACCAUGUCGUCAAACGAUUCAACGACUUCACCGCAGAGAAAACUCUGGAUGCUGAAGAGAAAUUCUAAACCAAAAGUAGACAAUAUUCAAUAAUGAUGUGUAGUGUCUCCUAUUUGAUGCAGUGGAAUACAUUUUGACUCAGUUUAGAUUGAUCAAAUUCUGAUGUUCCCGGCACCUCGGCCUGGUUGUUCAAAAGAAGGUAGUCAAUAACUUGGAAUCCACGAUUUCGACAAAGACAAACCAGAGUCCAAACCAAACAAAUGUGCGCACUCACCUGAGCCAACAUCGGACAAUUCCAUAGGCUACUGUGACCCUUCGUCCCAGGUGAAAUGCAUGACUGCAUGUUCAUUGCCCCAACAAACUUCUUCAAAAUUGUCAAUUCAGUCUCAUUGGCUUAAUAGUUUAAAGUUCACAGCAAGUUAGUCACUCAACUUGUUUUGAAAAACUGGUGCCUGGUACCAAAAUUUGCUGCAUCAAGUAGCUUUUGCCUGAGCUGCUUUGAAUGUGUACUUAUGCUUAUACAGCAUGUAAUGAAAUAAUUUAUUUUCUGUGCAUUGGGCAUUUAACUCUUACUGCCAGUGCAAUGUAGAAACACUUGAGAUAGAAUUCACAAUAGCAUAUAUACAUGUUUUUCAGGCUGGCCCGAGGUUAUAUGGGCCCUGGAUUGACCUUUUCAAGAGACAAGUGCUGUUUGGCUGAUAUAGUUUCAUCGAUUCUGGCCUUAUUGGCUGUGCUUGAUAACCAAGGUGGUGGGAAUUUAAAUGGCACAAUCCUGUAGGCAGAAUUCCGAAAAUAUGAUUUACGGUAUCUUAAGGUCACUAAUUUGGUUGAUGAUGAUUGGUUGUAGCUUUCACUGCUUUUUAAGGAUCGUCUCAAAAUUGCUUAGUGUCAUGAGAAAUGUUGUUUUUUUGUCUCUGCACCCCCACCUCACUAAAUGACAACGAAAAAGGUGUCUGCCGUCAACGCUUUAUGAUGCCAAAAGUAUCACAUUUGAAAUAUUUACUGCUGUGCCCUAAAGAUAGUGACUGGUUGUGGCUUGACUGACAAUUCUAGUUUAUUUUGACUAUCAUCCAUGUAGUGUGGACUUGCCAAUUACUUGAUACAAUGUACUUGGAAUAAAAAUCUUAAU